AUGAAUGACUUUGAGGUUGACGCUGACGUAAACGAAUACUUGCAAGAAUUUCUAAACGAUAUUUCCGACCUUUCGCCAGAGAUUCAUAAUAUUUUUCUCGAGAUACAAAAAAAUGAUUAUGAAAUUGAAGAAAUCCUAAAGAGUAACCGACUUAUGGAAAAUCAAUUAUGGGAUUUGAUGGACGGGGUAUCAUCGGAAGAUAGUGAUGAUAGUGAAGAAGAUACAGAGUGGGACGAUGAUAAGGAGGUUGACGAAAAUGAAUAUGAAGAAAUCGCAUCACGACGCUUGAAUAAAAGGCGACGAAUCGAAGUGAGUGAAAUUCGGAGAAAAACGCGAAAUCUACAAAAAGAACAAGAAUUAAAAGAAAUAGUUCGGAGUGGUUACGAAAAAGCCAUCGAACUUUCGGAAGUGAAGUGUAUAUUAGUCACGAAAGCCUUGAAUUUGGUAAAACGUUAUUCAAAACAAAUAAAUGACGACUUUGCCGCAUUUUUCCCGGAUCACACCCUUCCCGAGUAUUCGGAUAUAUCGGAAAGGGGGUCUUUUGUAAAAACAAAAGAUAAAUCCAGAGGGAAGAAAAGAACGGCGGCAAGGCCGCCUCCAGAAAAAGAAGACGCGUAUAAAGGAGCUGUUGAUUAUGUGAAGAAUUAG